CUCCAGGAAACGCGCGCUCCCGUCGCGGCCGCCCGACGCGCCCCGCGCCCCGCCGACCCAGCCCGCACCCCGCGGACCCCGGCGGCGGCCGGGCCGAGCCUCGGACACCCCCCGGCACGGACGGGGCGGGCGGCGGCCAUGGGGACCCCGGCGAUCGCCGGCCGGCCGGCGUCCCGGGUGUGAGCGGCGCCCCGGGACCAUGACCUCGGUGUGGAAGCGCCUGCAGCGCGUGGGCAAGCGGGCCGCCAAGUUCCAGUUCGUGGCCUGCUACCACGAGCUGGUGGUGGAAUGCACCAAGAAAUGGCAGCCGGACAAGCUGGUGGUGGUGUGGACCCGGCGGAACCGGCGUAUCUGCUCCAAGGCCCACAGCUGGCAGCCAGGCAUCCAGAACCCAUACAGGGGCACCGUGGUGUGGAUGGUCCCCGAGAACGUGGACAUCUCUGUGACUCUCUACCGGGACCCCCAUGUGGACCAGUACGAGGCCAAAGAGUGGACGUUUAUCAUCGAGAAUGAGUCCAAGGGGCAGCGCAAAGUGCUGGCCUCAGCCGAGGUGGACCUGGCGCGCCACGCGGGGCCUGUUCUGGCCCAGGCGCCCCUGCGGCUGCAGCUGAAGCCCAAGUCGGUGAAGGUGGUGCAGGCGGAGCUGAGCCUCACGCUCUCGGGGGUGCUGCUGCGGGAGGGUCGGGCCACGGAUGACGACAUGCAGAGUCUCGCCAGCCUCAUGAGCGUGAAGCCCAGCGACGUGGGAGAUUUGGGUGACUUCAGUGACGAGGAGGAAGCUGAGACCCGGCCUCGCCUUUCCCAGCCAGGCCGGGCCCCAGGCCCCAGGCCAGGCCGUUUCCCAGAACCUUCUCGGGAACUAAAAAAACUCUGUGAGGAGAAGGAAAAUGGCCAGGCCCGGCCACAGCAGGCAGCUGCCAGCCUGCCUGGUGACGCAGACGCCAGCCCAGCCCCUGUGAGUGUCCCUGCACCGCCAGCCAGGGCCUCCCGGGGCCCCGGGGCAGAACCAGCCAAGAAGGUAGGGGGCCAAGUGGGGCAUGAGGCCCUGAGGCCCCCGGGCCUCCCACUGGAGACAAGGUCCUCAGGAGAGCCAGGCCAGGAUGUGGCCCCCACCCCAGCCCCUCAGCUCCGGAAGGGCGCUGAUGCCUCCUGGCCCCCAUGCCCCCGAGAAGAGCGGGGGGUCCCCCCAGCAGGAGGGGACACUGCCGGGGAGACCAGGAUGAGCCCUCGGGAAGGGAGCGAGGCCCUGGGAGAUGGAGGCUCCAGAGACACUCUGGGGGGUCAGGAAGCCAAGGCCGAGUUGGGGGGCACUGGGGACACUGAGCAUGGGUCAGAGGUCAGAGCUGGGGGCACUGAGCAGGAGCCAGGAGUUAGUCAGGGAGAUGGUGGGCAGAGGUCAAAGGUGAGACACACGGACACAGAGUCAGCAAAGGCUACAGGGGCAGUGCCUGAGACAAGAUUCAAGGGGGUUCCCGAGGCCCCCCCAAGGGGUUCCCAGGGGAGAAGGAGGGCCUGGGGUGGAGAGGAGGCUCCUGCAGCCCUGAGCACCCCCCCAACAGUGUCCGCUGGUCACUCUGGGCAUCUCGAUAUCUGGGGGCCUGCGACCACCACAGUCCAGGAGAGAGGGGGCUCGGAGAGGAGGGGAGGACUCCCCGGUGUUGGGGAGACAGGCCCCACUGCUAAUAUAGCAAGUGCCGGGCCCCAGCUGAGCAGUGCCCAGGGGUCAGUGUCUGAGGGCCCAAGGACCUGGGAGGCAAAAGCUGGGGACUCAAGGGACCUGGGCUCAGAGACUGGGGCGGAGCCAGAGGUAACAGGGAUCCAGGAGACAGAGGGCCUGGCAUCUGAGGCUGCCAGGGUGGCAGGCUCUCCACAGUGGAGGGCACAGAAGACAGAGGCUGAGGAUUCUGGGGUGCAGGGGACAGUGACCCAGACACUGGAGGCCCUGGAGGUAGCUGGGGGCUCAGAGGCGCAGGGGACAGAAGCUGAGAUGGCAGAGUCUGAAGCAUCGGGGGCCCAGGAGACUGAGGAAACUGAGGCUUUGGGGCCUCCCCAGAACCAAUGUAUUUUCGAGGCCCAGAGAGCAGAGGCCUCAGGAUCUCAGGAGGGCAAAGCAGUGGAGGGAAGCCCUCCAGGGGUCAGCCAGACCGAGGCACAGGCGGCCAGCGGGGCAGGGGUGCCCAGGCCCUCGGGGUCCCCUUCCCCAGAGGGGCCCGAAGAGGACAGGAGGCUGCGGGGUAGCCAGGUGCUGGCUGACCCUGUCAGCUCCAGCCAGUCCCUGCUGGAGUGGUGCCAGGAGGUGACCGCUGGCUACCGCGGUGUCCGUGUCACCAACUUCACCACAUCCUGGCGCAAUGGCCUGGCCUUCUGCGCCAUCCUGCACCACUUCCAUCCCGACAAAAUAGACUAUACCUCCCUGGACCCGCUCAAUAUCAAGCAGAACAACAAGCAGGCCUUCGACGGCUUCGCCGCCCUGGGCGUGUCGCGGCUGCUGGAGCCGGCGGACAUGGUGCUGCUGGCCGUGCCGGACAAGCUGAUCGUCAUGACCUACCUGUGCCAGAUCCGCGCCUUCUGCACCGGCCAGGAGCUGCAGCUGGUGCAGCUGGAGGGCGGCGGCGGCGCGGGCACCUACCGCCUGGGGCGCGCCCUGCCCGGCCUGGACGCCGACGACCUGGCGCAGCGGCUGCGCGAGCACCGGGCCGACGAGCCGGGCGAGGCGGCGCCCCCGCAGCGCCCCGGCCCCGAGGCGCGGCCCGCGGAAGCCCCGGCCGAUGUGCCCGGCGUGCGGCCGCGGCGGCCGUCGGUGAACGGGGACGCGGGGCCGGUGCCGCCGCCGCGCGCGCACGGCUCCUUCUCGCACGUGCGGGACGCGGACCUGCUGCGGAAGCGCCGCUCGCGGCUGCGGAACAGCUGCUCCUUCUCGGAGGAUCCGGAUGCGGGCGCCGCGGGGCCGCGGGAUGCCCCCAGCCCUGCCCCCGGCCCCGCGACAGCCACGGCCCCGCAGCAGCCCGCAGCUGGGAGCCCCCCGGCGGAGGAGCCACCCCCGAGCCCCGCGGAGGAGGCCGGGCUGCAGCGCUUCCAGGACACCGGCCAGUACGUGUGCGCCGAGCUGCAGGCCCUGGAGCGCGAGCAGCGGCAGAUCGACGGGCGGGCCGCCCAGGUGGAGGCGCAGCUCCGGGGCCUCAUGGAGUCAGGUGCCGACAAGCUGCGGGAGGAGGUGCUGAUCCAGGAGUGGUUCACGCUGGUCAACAAGAAGAACGCGCUCAUCCGCCGGCAGGACCAGCUGCAGCUGCUCAUCGAGGAGCAGGAUCUGGAGCGGAAGUUUGAGCUGCUGAGCCGGGAGCUUCGGGCCAUGCUGGCCAUCGAAGACUGGCUGAAGACGGCUGCGCAGCAGCACCGGGAGCAGCUGUUGCUGGAGGAGCUGGUGUCGCUGGUGAACCAGCGCGACGAGCUGGUCCGGGACCUGGACCACAAGGAGCGCGACGCCUUGGAGGAGGACGAGCGCCUGGAGCGCGGCCUGGAGCAGCGGCGCCGCAAGCUGAGCCGCCAGCUGAGCCGGCGCGAACGCUGCGCGCUGAGCUGAGGCCACGCCGUGGCCCUCCGGGGCGCUCGGACCCGGGCCCGCAGCUUUGCGCGCCUCCCGCCCAGGACCAGCUCUCGGGAGGACUCCGCCCUCGGGAGGCGGCGCACCGCCCCAAGGCGCUGCUGUCACCCCUUUGAGGAGGGGGAGCCCUGGUCCCCGACGGGCAGGGCCGUCACGCUGUAUUUAUUUGUCCGUGUGAAUGUCUGUCUGUGUGUCUGUCUGUGUGUGUGUGAUGGCAGGGGCCCCGCAGGACCCCCCUCCCGACGGCGCGGUCCGCGGGGAGGGAGGGAUGGCGGCGAGUUGCCUGCCCCACCUGCGGCCUUUUCCUGUUCCCUGUGAGCAGGGCAAUAAAGUUACACAAGGUGACGCGA